CUUGACAAGUCACAUGAGGUCCCUCUAGCCUCUACUUGUGUUCCCUUCUCAACCCCUCCAGACAUGCACUAUAGGGCGGACCUGCCUUUGACUGACCCUACCUGCACACUUGCGUGCACGCCCGCACAUCGCUUUUCCUGGGCGGAGGGAUGUGGAGAGAGCCACAUUUAAAACCUGUGGGCGACCAGGGACGUGACGUCAACUCCGCAACCAACAUCCGGCACGCGCUGGUGGAGAUGCUGCUGGGGCACAAGCGACCUGAAUCGCUGCAGACUGGCGGCGGCAGCGGCGGCAGCGGCGACAACGGCGGCGGCAGCGGCGGCGGCGCGUGCGCGCAUCUUGGUAGCGGAGGGGGCGGGAAAGGCCAUGUGGAGGAGGAGAGCGCAGCGCCGCCCAAGAAGCGGCGCAAGCGCGCAGGCUGAGGAGCCGGCUGGUGUCUAGGUAGCGGUCCGCGGUGGGGCUGGCAGGGCAUGCGUAGCGGCAUGACAAGCAGUGCGGCUGUUGACACUGUGCUGCGUCUGGCUGCGGUUGGCUCUGCUGUGGCAUCGCGAUUGCUAGGCACCUGGUUUGGCUAUGUGCCUGUGGAAACCGACCCCGGCUAUGUCCGGGCGAUGAGGACGUUCGGCCUCAGAGAGUGG